AUGGGAACAACGCUGAUCGCCGGUGCUAUUGAUGGUCAAUCUUUUACAAACCCUCUAAUGAACCUGACCAGUUUCACCACCCCAAAUCUUAACGACGAAUUACAAAGAUUCUACGAUUCAUACGAAGACAUGGCUUAUAACAGGUUUGAGUACCCGGGUGAAUUGGAAAAUCUGAGAAAAGUAUGGGUACGAGAGCCUCACUUUAUUCCAACAAUAACUGUUUACGGGUUGACAUUCCUGAUGGGUGUCAUUGGGAAUAUCUUGGUGAUUUUUGCAGUUUUAGGUGACCGAAAAGCUCGUAGUGUAACAUCCACGUUUAUGGUCAGUUUAGCGGCCGCUGACAUGUUGUUUCUGGUUGUAUGUGUCCCGUACGAGACAGCUCGCUAUGUAGUUGACCACUGGACGUUUGGGGAUGUUCUUUGCAAGUUUUCAGGAUUUGUAGAAAUGUUAUCGGCGUCUGCUUCGAUUCUUAAUUUGUCGGCUGUGAGUGUGGAAAGAUUUAUCGUCAUUGUCCUGCCAAUGAAAUCUCGGACGUGGUGUACAGCGGGAAAUACCAAGAAAAUCCUUUUCCUCGUCUGGUCUGUUGCCAUCUGUCUAGCGUCGCCAACUCUCUACGUUAUGAAAAAAGGAUAUCGCUCCUAUUUCAAAAACGACACUUCAAUUAUAAUGCACAACUGCGCAGACACGGCAUUCGAUGACACUUUCCGGUUAUCAUACGCCAUCUACCGGAUGCUAGUUAUGUUCGCCCUACCCACCCUCAUCAUGGUCGUCUGCUACUCUGGCGUAAUCUACACACUAUGGCUCAGCUCACGUCAACUCUCCAAACUCACCUCAGGCUCAAGCAGGAGUGUCCAUUCCUCCACAAUCUCACUGGAGAGAUCAUGUUUACGACAACAUCUGCCUCAUUCAGUCACAUUAGUUACCGGAAGUCCAUACCGGAUCCGGAAGUUCAACGCUCGAAAUGGUGUCCAAAGCCAUGACCGUAGUGCGGAUGUUUUAGCAGCUAGAAAGCAGGUAAUCAAAAUGCUCAUCGCCAUUGUCGUGGUUUUUUGUCUGUGCUGGGGUCCAAAACUUAUCUACUGUGUGUUACUUCGGCUUAACCUACCCAUGCUGUACCACACCGAGGCCUUCACUACAAAAAUCAUAUUGGAUUGUCUCCCUUAUGUGCAGUCCUGCCUGAAUCCUAUAAUUUAUGGCUUUAUGUCUCGGAACUUCCGGCGGAGUAUGAUGGCCGCCUGUCGACGACACUAUUGUCUGUGUCGUUUUUCAAAGUGUUUUACAAUGAAGAAAGUAAUAUUUACGGACUAUGAGUUGGACUCGAAAGCGAGCAACGGCACAUCUCAUACGAGGCUUACUGUUCACAACGCAGCCCUGGAUGAUUACCACUGUGCUACACCAAGGGGGAAUAGCUGUGUUUCAUAAAAUGUAUUGGUAAAUUUUAUCCACACCUCUCUAAUUAAACCUGAUCCGCUUGUCAUUCAUAACACCAUGAACUCAUUUGUUCAUAUGUAAAAGCUAUAGUCCAUUCACACAGGAUGUUCUCAACUAAACUUAGAAGUGAAUGCAAUUGCAUUUUUAGGACUGUCUUCACAAUAAAAAAGCAUUAAGAGAAUGAGCGUAAACAACUUGUAUGUAUAUGACAUGA